AUGGCUCACGAAAACAUUUGGUUCUCCCACCCCCGACACUACGGUAAGGGCGGUCGAAAGUGUCGAAUCACCAACAACCAGAACGCUGUUAUCCGAAAGUACGGCCUCAACCUCUGCCGACAGUCCUUCCGAGAGAAGGCUGCUGACAUUGGUUUCACCAAGUUCCGAUAA